UUUUUUGUUAAGGUUCAGAAGAUUACCUUAGUGGUAUGAAAUAGUAGGUGUUAUGGAUAAGGGACAUUAGCUGAAAAGUGAAAAGUCAAAGCGUGGUCGUUGGCAUAAAAGGAGGAGUGGGGCUUGAUGAGAAGAGCAUUAGCUUGCAUUUUCUUUUGUUAUAAUUCUCAAACUCACAAGUGAGAAACUAAGCAAGCCAUUUUAUUUAUCUUUCGAUUUGUAGGGUUUCGUUUCCGAUUGAACCAUGGCAUAUCCAGCUAAGAAGUUCAUCAACGACCCCAACGAUGUUGUUACUGAAUACAUUCAAGGUCUUGUGCACACUUAUCCUGCUCUCCAAUAUUUAGAUGGCUUUCCUCAGGUGAAGGUUGUGUUACGUGCCGAUGUUUCAUGUACAACAUACGAUAAAGUUUCAAUCAUAUCAGGGGGAGGAAGUGGCCAUGAGCCUGCUCAAGCUGGAUAUGUUGGAGAAGGAAUGCUGACGGCAGCCAUCUGUGGGGACAUCUUUGCCUCUCCCCCAGUCGAUUCAAUUCUAGCUGGGAUACGAGCUGUGACUGGUCCUAUGGGAUGUCUUCUGAUUGUCACGAACUACACCGGUGAUCGUUUGAACUUUGGUUUGGCUGCUGAGCAAGCAAAGUCUGAAGGUUACAAAGUAGAGACUGUAAUUGUUGGGGAUGAUUGUGCCUUACCUCCACCUCGAGGAAUUGCUGGAAGAAGAGGUUUGGCAGGCACUAUUCUGGUUCAUAAGGUUGCAGGAGCUGCUGCCGCCGCUGGCCUUUCUCUCAUUGAUGUUGCUGCAGAAGCAAAACGUGCAUCUGAAAUGGUGGGCACAAUGGGGGUUGCAUUAUCCAUUUGCACACUUCCUGGUCAGGUUACAUCAGAUCGUUUGGGCCCUGAAAAGAUGGAACUGGGUCUUGGAAUUCAUGGAGAACCUGGUGCAGCUGUGGCAGAUCUUCAGCCUGUAGAUGGAGUGGUUUCUCAUGUUCUUAUGCAAAUAUUGUCUCCGGAAACAAACUAUGUUCCUAUUACACGAGGUUGUAGAGUGGUUCUCAUGGUCAAUGGGUUAGGUGGCACUCCUUUAAUGGAACUAAUGAUUGUGACAGGAAAGGCAGUCCCAAAAUUGCAGCUGGAACACGGGCUGGCUGUUGAUAGGGUUUAUACAGGGUCAUUUAUCACUUCUCUCGAUAUGGCAGGUUUCUCAAUUUCUAUCAUGAAGGCUGAUGCAUCUAUUCUUCAACGAUUAGAUGCUGCAACUAAAGCUCCGUAUUGGCCAGUCACGGAAGAUGGUAAUCGCCCACCUGCCAAGAUUCCUGUUCCAGUUCCACUGUCUCAAUCAGCUAAGAGUGACAAGCCACAGAGUCAGCCAGUAUCACUAAAUAAGCAAGGUCAGGUUCUUCAGGAAGCCAUUGAAGCUGCUGCAAAUGCAAUUAUAAAUCUCAAGGACAGUCUAAAUGAAUGGGAUAGCAAAGUUGGUGAUGGUGACUGUGGAUCAACUAUGUAUAGAGGUGCAAAAGCAGUUCUGGAGGACAUCAAAAAUUAUCCUCUGAAUGAUGCUGCAGAGACUGUUGGUGAAAUUGGAUCGUCAAUUGGACGAGCUAUGGGAGGAACAAGUGGGAUCAUAUAUACAAUUUUUUGCAAGGCAGCAUAUACACAGCUGAAAGAAAAUUCUCACUCUGGUGUCACGCCAAAACAAUGGGCUGAAGCACUUGCGGCUUCCAUUGCUGCUGUUAGUAAAUAUGGGGGUGCUAGUGCUGGUUAUAGAACAUUGCUAGAUGCCCUAAUUCCAGCAUUGUCAGUUCUUCAAGAGAGACUAAAUUCUGGUGAUGAUCCUUCCAUUGCCUUUCUUCUCUCGUCUGAAGCUGCAUUAGCUGGAGCUGAGUCAACCAAGAACAUGCAAGCUCAGGCUGGGCGUUCAACUUAUGUGUCGGGAGAGAUUCUUUCAUCAGUUCCUGACCCUGGUGCAGUGGCUGCUGCCUCGUGGUACAGAGCUGCGGCUGUAGUUGUCCAGCAAAAAACCAAUAGUUAAGCUAUGCAUAUAACUCUUCUCAAUGUCUUCUUUAUGUGCAUAUUUAGCCUAGUUGUUCCAGAUAGUUAUUCCUGUAACUAAUAGAUUCUCCACUUACGCAUUUCCAUCAACAGCAAUAUCCGUCUCAAUGUGACCUUAUGAUUGUAAUGUUCAUGUUAUUUUUAUCAGUUUAAUAUUAUAUUCUGUUAAGCUUA